GAUCACACGGAAGGGCGUUUAGUUUCAACCUUCUGGAUUAACCUGACGGAAGAGUAGCACGGGUUUUUCAGGGCCUAGUAAAUACACAUCUCUUUCAAAGUUAAAAACGAUUUUAAAGGAACUCUUAUCUUGCAUUAAGCGUGUUCAGAAUUUCAGAGUGGAUAUGUUGACCUUCGCCUUUGUGUUCCUCUCAAUUGCAGCCACGGGCUUGUGUCAGUUUUGGGUUGAUGUUGUUAAUCCUGCAAUAAAGGUGAAAGAGAAUGAAGGGGUGGACAUGCAAUGUAAAUACUCUGCUUCGUUUGGAUCAGCCCCCAGAGUAGAAUGGAAGUUCAAAGAUAUUAAAGGCUCUCAGUCAUUCGUCUACUUUGAUGGCAAGCCGACUGAUAAAUACAAUGGUCGUAUCACUGUGUAUGAAGGAGGACUGAGGCUUAACAAGGUGACACGAGCAGACACAGGAGACUAUGACUGUGAGGUGUUUGGCAACAGUGGGUAUGCUGAGAAGACCGUCAAGCUUACUGUUCUUGUGCCUCCUACCAAGCCUGUAUCCAGAAUUCCUCAAUCAGUAACAACCGGAAGUAAUGCCCUGCUGACCUGUGUCGAUCUGGUCGGCUCCCCCCCACCCACCUAUAAAUGGUACAAAAACGGUUCUCCUCUCCCUGAGGACCCUAGCAAAUUCCCCAAUUUUAAGAACCUCACAUACAAGAUGAACACGUUCAAUGGUAACCUGGAGUUCCCAAGUAUAUCUAAGAUGGAUAUUGGUUCAUAUUACUGUGAGGCUGUUAAUAGUGAAGGUGCCAUGCGAGGUGAUGCAGUACAAAUGGAUGUCCGUGAUGUAAAUGUUGGUGGUAUUGUUGCUGGUGUUAUUGUGGCUUUGCUGGCAGUAGGGUUGCUCCUCUUUGGACUCUGGUAUGCCAACAAAAAAGGAUUUCUCCCAAAAGUAGCUGAAAGCAAGCCGAAAACAGCUGUCUAUACACACCCACGAACAGAAGAUCUGGAUGAUGGGGAUGGGGAAUUCAGACAGAAAUCAUCAUUUGUUGUGUAGCCUUUUCUACUCUUGUUGGAGCAUGAAGAUUUAUUGCUUAGAUUAAGUUUUUUUGCUUUGGAUGUCAUUUUCAACUCUGCCUACUAAACACGUGAGCUAAAAUAUCCAAAAGCUGGGUAAAUGUAUGUAAGAGUUAGCACAAGCUUGCAGUUUUUUUAUUGUAUUUGAACCAUGUUUCCAGAAGUUGAAAGCAAGUGAUGAAGAUAAUUUAUUAAAGUCAGAUAAUGUGAUUAGACCUCAAAUAUUCAUUAUAUGCUGUUCAGAUAUGUAUGGAUUUAUGUGAGUGAGCCCCACUCUAUUUUACAUGACAAGGUUGUUUCCCAAAACCAAAAUGAAGGAACUGCAAAUAAUCCCAAUUUUCCUUCAAAUAAGUUUGGUGUACUUUAUAUGAUUUGUUGUUUGUUUACUCUUCUGGUAAUUUCAGAAAUGCCGGUGUGUUUGUGUGUGUGUAUUUUUUUAAUGUUUUAUACUUACUACUUGAAAUGUAAAUACACUCUCCUUUUUAAUGGGAUUUUAGAUAAAGCUUCGCUGAACAGAUAUGCCUUUCUACUGUAAAUUACUCUUCUGAGAACAAAUACAUCACGUUGAUAGAAUGUUUUCUACAUGUUUGAUUGUAGUUUUAAUGUAUGACUUGAUCAUAUUCUUCAAAUAAAUGGUAACAACUGAAA